CAUGAUUGUGGGGAAUUCUUCCGGUUCAUCUAUAUUUACCUGACAGAUCAUGUGACUUUCAAAAUGGCGCUGAAGGGGAGUGUGUUUGCAACGAGAGCUCGUGCAGGCUCGUCGAAAUUAGCUACACAAUAUGAUGCAGACGGAAAUGAAAUUGAGUUUGAUGUCCGUGAGGAUGAGGAACAAAACGUUAAGCUGGGACAGACCAUUGACUUGUUACUGGCUGCAGGAUAUUUCAGAGCCAGGAUAAAAGGACUCUCACCUUUUGACAAAGUGGUGGGCGGCAUGACGUGGUGCAUCACCACAUGUAACAUUGACAUCGACGUCGAUCUACUCUUCCAGGAAAACUCCACCAUUGGACAGAAAAUUGCUCUAACUGAAAGAAUCGUAGCUGUUUUACCAAAGAUGAAAUGUCCACACCGAAUUGAACCUCAUCAAAUCCAGGGUUUGGAUUUCAUCCACAUUUAUCCAGUUGUCCAAUGGUUGGUAAAGAAGGCCAUUGAAACUAGAGAGGAGAUGGGAGACUUCAUUCGAGCAUUCUCUAUAUCCCAGUUCAGUAAAACACACAAAAUGCCAGAGGAUGUGGUGUUUGAAGAAAUGAAAGAAAAAGCCACAAACUCUGUUUCUGAAGUCAAGGAAGUGUAUAAACCACAGCGACGCUACAAGAGACAGAACGUGGACUCGCUGAAGGAUGAAGAGACUCGAGUCCACUCAACACUCCUUGAGUACGGCAGGAGAUACGGAUUGAGUAAAUCAGAUACAUCUGAACAGGAUGGUGACAAAAGUGCUAAGAAAAAAGCAGCUGCAGCAAGUCUUGGAGGUCAACAGGAAAUGACCCCUGAACAGCUGCAGGCAGAGGAGGAGAAGAAAAUACAGAAGUUGAUGUCAGGAAUGGCGGGAUUCCAAGAGUCUGGUAGAAGACGGGAUAAAUUAUCAGCGAGUGCAGUGGGGUCAAUAGUAGGCAUGAAAUCAGAGGAAAUUCAGCAGAUAGCUUCUCACUACGAAGAAAAAAAAUCAGAGAUUGAGCAGAUUGAGAAAUCAGAGCGAGUUGGUGGCACUCAACAUCACAAGAGAAUGACAGCAGCUCUAAGUAAACAGAUACAACAACAUACAGAUAAGUUACAGCAGAUUCAAGCAAAGCAUGAUGACCUUCACAAAGUUUACGGUGAAACUCAGGAAAAACUCAAGCAGGUUAGACAUCGCAGUGGAAGGAUUGACGAGGAAAUGCUGAAGUUAACAGAAAUCGAGACAGAGGAAAAUCAGGGAGUUCUACAGAAUCUGCGCUCUCUGGUGGCUAUGAACGAGAACCUAAAGAAACAGGAGCAGGACUUUAAGGCCCACUGUAAGGAGGAGAUGGCCCGACUCAAGGCCCAGAUCGAGGAACUGAAGGAAGGUGCACAGGAGGAGGACUCAGAAGACAAGGCCAGAGCCAGUUUGAUUGACAAGCAAUAUGAAGCAGAUAGGGAGAAACUCCACAAAAUCAGACUGCUGUUGGCAAGGAAGACUAGAGAAAUAGCAGUUCUUCAGAGGAAGAUUGAUGAUGUGCCAUCCCGAGCAGAACUUAGUCAGUACCAGCGACGCUUCAUCGAGCUCUACAACCAAGUUGCAGCCACCCACACAGAGACGAAGCAGUUUUACACAUUGUACAACACGCUGGACGACACCAAGAUGUACCUGAACAAAGAAGUCAGUCUUCUCAACUCCAUCCACGAUAACUUCAGACAGGCAAUGGCUAACCCAGGUGCAAAGGAGCAAUUCCUGAAGCAGUUUGAAAACAUUGUGGAGGGCAUCAAACAAAAUAAAGCUAAACUUGAGAAACGGAAACAGGAAGAGAAGAUGAAACGGGACCAGUUCAACGACCAGUAUCUGGACUUGGUGGAAAAGCAGCGACUGUAUUUCAAAACUGUCAAAGACUUUAAAGAGGAAUGUCGCAAAAAUGAAAUGCUGCUUAGUAAAUUAAAGAAAUAACAUUUAUUACGAGGGAUGGAACUGAGAAAAGGACUAUUUCUAUCAACAAUGAAGACAUUAACGUUGGAAAACCAUAAUAUAUAUUGAUAUAAUCAUGAUGUUUGUAUGCUUUGCAUGUAAUUUGCUAUUUGUUAAACAUCUGUACAUGCAGGCUAUAUCUACAAUCUCUACAGCAAUAAAAAAUUCUUUACAAAAAU